GUCAAACACCAGCAUGGAGCCGGGAGCGAGACACAGUGGCCAUGAUGAGGAGGAGGAAGAAGAAACGUCUGCAGGAUCCUGUCCAAUCUGUCAUCCGACAAUUGGAGUGACUGUUGCCCUGGUAACAAUUAUCAUCGUCACUACUGGACUCCUUUUGUCCGUGGUGUUAUUGGCCACGUGGAGAGCAGCACCGGAGGCUCAUCGGACCCCCACUACUUCAGAAGAGGAGCUGGUGGAGCGACUGCAGCAGUGUCGGACAGAGCGUCAUGAUCUGGACCUGAUGCUCCAGGCUAUCGCUCAAGACUCCAGAUGCAGGCUGUGUCCUGGCGGUUGGCUUUGGUGGAGGCGUCACUGCUACUUUUUCUCCGUGGGACUUGAGGAAAAUCGUCAGUGGAAUGGGAGCGCUGAGUUUUGUCUGGGACACAACAGCAGCCUGGCUGUGAUCAAAACCACUGCAGAAAUGGACUUCAUCCAAGGUGUGAUAGGGAGGUUCCCUCGAUUCCCCUUCCUGUGGGUGGGACUGACGGACGCCCAGCAGGAGGGUCGGUGGCUGUGGGGAGACGGGAAAGACGUCGAGCACUACAUGCCGUGA